AUGGGGGGUGAUGAGACUGUGGAUGACUUUCAUGGUAGAAUUCUCAAAAUCACUGGCCAGUGUCGUAGUCUGGGGGCACCCUUUGAUGAAGAUAAGAUAGUCAAGAAGAUGCUUAGGGCCUUGCAUGAAAAAUUUCAUUCCAAAGUCACUAGUAUAGAGGACUCAUUUGACAUUGAUGACUAUCCGAUAGAUGAGCUUAUCGGGAAUCUCAAAACCUAUGAGAUGAGGUUGAAACCUGAGAAGAAAAAUAAGGGUGUAGCUUUCAAGGCUAUGAAAGGGGUAGAAGAGGAAGAAGAAACACUAGAUCUUGCUCUAUUAACAAAGGAAUUUAAUAAUUUUCUCAAAAGCAAGAACUCCUCUAGGAAUCCUAAUGCUCCUAGGAAAAACCUUCACAGUGGUAGUAGUGACUACAGCGGUAAGAGUGGGAAAGGAAGUUUCAAAGGAACUCAUUAUGGGAAAACUAAGAAGCAUGGAAACAGCAACAACAAAUCUCUUCUCUCAACAUGGAGUGAUGAUGAAACCCAGGAAGUGGAGAAUGUAGCUUUUGUAUCAUCUCUCUUGGCUGAAUCAGAGAGUGAUGAGGCUUUCUCAGAUGAUGAAACUACUAUCCGUUGCAAGCAACUCUACAAGGCAUCAAAAGCUACAUUGAUCAAGAACAUGGAAUUGGAUAGAGAAGUUGAGACAUUGAAUGCUGAAAAAGAAGAGAUGAAACACAUGUUGAAAGAAUCUCAGACAGCUUGGGAACAAGAAGGGAACAUGUUUACUGAUGAGUUAACUAGUGUGCAAAAUGACAAAGAACUGCUAGCAUGGAAGACUGAACGUCUUGAGCUCAACAAUAAAAUCAAAGUGUUGGACCUUGAGGAUGAGCUAAAGACCACUCAAGAAAAAUUUACAAAGUUUGAUAUCAGCUCAGGAGCUGUAUCAAGGCUGUUUGGAUCAGGAAAAGCUCCUCAUGACACCUUCGGACUCGGCUAUUCAGGUGAGAAAUCAACACAUAUUGAAGCCACAUGCCUGGUAGCUCUUACAGCCUUAGCCGACAAACGUAGAGACUUUUGGUAUGUUGAUAGUGGCUGUUCUCGGCAUAUGACCGGAGACAAAGUAUGGUUUUCUUCCUUUGAGGAUGAAUGCACAACAGGAUCUGUCACCUUUGGUGAUGGAAGCAAGGCAAGCAUACUGGCUCGAGGCACUGUCAAUACACCUGACAUCCCAAAUCUCAAGAAUGUACUAUAUGUUGAAGGACUGACAUCUAAUUUGAUUAGUGUCAGCCACUUGGCUAAUGACUAUGAAGAUGUGUGGUUCAAUAAACAACGAUGUCUAGUUCUUAAUCACAAAGGUGAAGGCAUUAUGGGAGUGAGAUCAACAAAAAAGACAUUUGAACUAUGGCACAGGAGACUGGGGCAUGUGAAUUAUCAAGAUAUGCUAAAAUUAUCCUCCAAGCAAUGUGUCAGAGGCAUGCCAGCUCUAAAUGGCAAGACUGAUAAACUAUGUGGAGGCUGCAGAAUUGGGAAGCAAACCAAAGCACCUCACAAGGUGGUGAACUCUGCUACAACCACAAAAGCUCUGGAGUUGCUGCUUAUGGAUCUCAUGGGAUCAGUUCAAUCUGAAAGUAUUGGAGGUAAAAGCUAUAUGUUGGUAGUGGUAGAUGAUUUUUCUAGAUUUACUUGGGUAAAUUUUUUGAAAGACAAAGCUGAAACUUUUGAGUCCUUUAAAAGCUUAAGUCAGAAAAUGUUGAUAGAAAAACAGUCAUCUAAUUUGUGCAUGGUCAGAGUCAGAUAUGACAAUGGAAUUGAGUUUAAAAAUGCUGCUUUCACUAACUAUUUCAAUGAGCUUGGUGUUUCCCAAGAGUUUUAA